AUGAUCCCCUCCAAGAGUACCGUCUACCAGAGAGCCCUCUUGUCCGUGGCGAUUUUCUUAUCCUUGACCGUCGUGUGGCGGGCUCUGGAUCCCGGCCAGGGUCCCGUGGCAGACCCCUCGUGGUCUCUGUGGCGCGGCUGGGCUCGGGACACGUUUCCUGGCCACUACGACUUUGGGCUGAGCCCCCACGAGGCCAGAGUGGCCCAGGAGAAGAGGCUUCGGGUGUGGGACACGCAGACUUCCACCUGCACUGCUAACUUGUCAGUGAUGGAGAAGGCCUGGGUCCGCCACGUCCAGGCACACAUCCGCCAGUUCCUGCUCUACCGCCAUUGCCGCUACUUCCCCAUCCUGCGCAACCACCCAGAGAAAUGCGCCGGGAAAGUCUACCUGCUGCUGGCCAUUAAGUCCGGCCUCCCCCAGCACAGCCAGCGUGAGACUAUCCGGAAAACGUGGGGCCGAGAGCGGGAGGCGGGUGGCGGCCGCGGGGCCAUCCGCACCCUCUUCCUGCUGGGCACUGGCCCCGGGAGGGAGGCUCUGGACCUGGACAGCCAGCUCCUGGCCACGGAGGACAGUUACCACCAGGACAUCCUGCAGUGGGACUUCCUGGACAGCUUCUUCAACCUGACCUUGAAAGAGGUGAAUUUCCUCAAAUGGCUGGACACCUUCUGCCCCCAGGUCAGCUUCAUCUUCAAGGGCGAUGAUGACGUCUUUGUCAGCCCCACCAACCUCCUGGAGUUCCUGCAGGACCGGAGACCUCAGGAGAACCUCCUGGUGGGAGAAGUGCUGGAUGAUGCCAGGCCCAUCCGGGCCAAGAGAAACAAGUACUAUGUCCCCAGCGCUUUGUACAGCAAGACCUUCUACCCUUCCUACGCUGCCGGAGGAGGCUACCUCAUGACCAGGAGGCUGGCCCACGACCUCUACCUGGCCUCCCAGACCUUGGAACUCUAUCCCAUUGAUGAUGUCUUCCAGGGCAUGUGCCUGAAGGUCCUCAGGGUGAGGCCCAUGCACCACGAGGGCUUCAAAUCCUUUGGGAUCACUAGAUUCAGAGAAAGCCACCUAAACAAGGAUCCCUGUCUGUUCCGCUCCAUGCUUAUGGUUCACAAGAUGCAACCCAAGGAGAUGCUGAGUAUGUGGGACCUGGUCCACAGACACCUCAACUGCUCACACAGCUUCCGGUUUUCCAACACUGAGGCUGUGGAAGAAAAGAAGCCCAAGGGAAUCAUGG